GAGGCCAGCGGCAAGUUCGCCGGUGCCAUGCAAGUGUUGGGUUACUGUCCCGAGCUGUCCUACAACAUGGCGCUGUGCUGCUACGCCGCCAAGCAGUAUGCCCCUGCCCUCAAGCACAUCUCCGAUAUCAUAGAGCGCGGCAUCCACCAGCACCCGGAGCUCAGCGUGGGGAUGACCACUGAGGGCAUUGAUGUCCGCAGCGUGGGCAACACUCUGCUCCUGCACCGGACGGCCCUGGUGGAGGCCUUCAACCUCAAGGCAGCUAUUGAGUACCAGCUGCACAACCUGAAAGCGGCCCAGGAGGCGCUCACAGAUAUGCCGCCGAGAGCUGAAGAGGAGUUGGAUCCAGUCACGCUGCACAACCAAGCACUGAUGAACAUGGACAGCCAGCCCACCGAAGGGUUUGAGAAACUGCAGUUUCUUCUGCUGCAGAACCCCUGUCCGCCAGAAACGUUCGGAAACUUGCUACUCCUCUAUUGCAAGCAUCAGUACUAUGACCUGGCGGCUGAUGUGCUGGCAGAGAAUGCCCAUCUAACCUACAAACUGCUCACACCUUACUUGUACAACUUCCUGGAUGCCAUUAUUACUUGUCAAACUGCCCCUGAGGAGGCUUUCCAUAAGCUAGAUGAUGCAGCGGGGACGCUGACUGAGCAGCUGAGAAAACUCACGAAGCAGGUACAGGAAGCUAGGCAAAAUUGGGAUGAUGAAGCUGUAAAAAAGGCAGUUAAUGAGUAUGAUGAGACCCUGGCUAAAUAUGUACCUGUCUUGAUGGCCCAGGCAAAAAUCUACUGGGACAUGAAGAACUACACAAUGGUAGAAAAGAUUUUCCGCAAAUCAGUGGAGUUCUGUAACGAACACGAGGUGUGGAAGCUCAAUGUGGCUCACGUGCUCUUCAUGCAGGACAGCAAGUAUAAAGAGGCUAUUAGCUUCUACGAGCCGAUAGUUAAAAAGCACUAUGACAACAUUCUCCAAGUCAGUGCCAUUGUGUUAGCUAACCUCUGUGUUGCCUACAUCCUGACAAGCCAGAAUGAGGACGCAGAGGAACUGAUGAGGAAGAUCGAGAAGGAAGAAGAGCAGCUGUCCUACGAUAAUCCUGAUAAAAAUAUCUACCACCUCUGCAUUGUCAAUCUAGUCAUUGGUACCCUCUACUGUGUGAAGGGAAACUACGAGUUUGGGAUUUCAAGGGUCAUUAAAAGCCUGGAGCCAUAUAACAAAAAACUGAGCACUGACACGUGGUAUUAUGCCAAACGGUGUUUCCUGUCCUUGCUGGAGAACAUGUCCAAGCACAUGAUCAUGCUACAAGACAGCAUUAUUCAGGAGUGCAUUCAGUUUCUGAAGCAAUGUGAGCUGUAUGGAAGAAACAUCCCAGCUGUCAUUGAGCAGCCCCUUGAAGAGAAGAGGAUGCACAGUGGGAAAAACACAGUUACCUAUGAAGCCAGGCUUUUGAGGGCGCUGAUGUACAAGAUCAUUGGGUGGACUGCGUAAAUGAUGUCCCUGUACAGCAGAAAUAAGACCUUUGUGACUGUUCUUUUCUUACGCUUGUGAGGUGACGCUCACCCUGAUAGUCCAUAGUGGUACUGGUUUUUCUUGGUUGCUUACCUUUAAAGAUUUUGUCCUGUAUUUUAACAACAU